CCCGUCACUGCGCGAAUGGACUUUUGAAAGUGCUGUUGUCAGAGAUUUGCCAGCAUGGAGACCUCAUCAAUGCUUUCGUCAUUGAAUGACGAGUGUAAAUCAGACAAUUACAUUGAACCUCACUACAAGGAAUGGUAUCGAGUGGCCGUUGACACGCUGAUUGAACACGGAUUGGAUGCGUACCAGGAAUUUCUUGCCAAGGAACGAGUGUCAGACUUUCUAGCUGAGGAAGAGAUUAAUUAUAUUUUGAAAAAUGUCCAGAAAGUGACGCCAAGUACAGCACAUGGCCCUGAUAAUUCCUGCGACGAUAACUCCUCUUCGGGGACUUACUGGCCCAUCGAGUCGGACGUGGAAGCUCCAAACCUUGACUUAGGCUGGCCGUGUGUGAUGCCUGGACUCUCGGGGGGCACCCACAUUGAUCUCCUCUUCCAUCCACCUAGAGCACAGCUACUUACAAUUAAGGAGACGAUUCGGAAGAUGAUAAAAGAAGCCAGAAAGGUCAUUGCUUUAGUGAUGGAUAUAUUCACAGAUGUGGACAUUUUCAAAGAAAUAGUGGAGGCAUCAACUCGAGGGAUCUCUGUAUACAUUCUGCUUGAUGAGUCCAACUUUAAUCAUUUCCUAAGUAUGACUGAGAAACAGGGCUGUCAAGUUCAGCGUCUCAGGAACAUUCGAGUGCGGACAGUAAAAGGCCAAGAUUAUCUUUCAAAAACUGGGGCAAAAUUUCAUGGAAAACUGGAACAGAAAUUUUUGCUCAUUGACUGCCAGAAAGUUAUGUACGGUUCCUACAGCUACAUGUGGUCAUUUGAAAAAGCUCACCUCAGCAUGGUUCAGAUAAUCACAGGGCAACUUGUGGAGUGCUUUGAUGAAGAGUUUAGGACUCUGUAUGCCAGGUCCUGCGUCCCCAGUUCGUUUGCUCAGGAGGAGUCAGCAAGGGUGAAACACAGCAAAGCGCUCUGGGAAAACGGUACUUACCAGCGUUCAGUGUCUUCCUUGGCUUCCGUUUCCAGCCAAAGAAACCUUUUCGGUAGACAAGACAAAAUCCACAAACUCGAUUCUAGUUACUUCAAAAACAGAGGCAUCUAUACUCUCAAUGAGCAUGACAAAUAUCAUCACAUAAGAAAUCACGGCUACAAACCUCAUUUUGUGCCAAACUUAAACGGUCCAAAUCCAGUCGGUCAGCAUCGACCCAACCAGAUGAUCAGUGAAAACUGGAAGAGGCACAGUUACGCGGGGGAGCAGCCAGAAACGGCGCCGUACCUGCUGCUGCACAGGGCGCUGAACCGGGCCGCGAACGCCCCUGGCCCCUGGCAGAGGCCCCCGGACAGCCUGAGCGGGGCGUCCUCGGCGCGGGGCGGCGGCGCGGGCCGCCAGCGCGCGCCCGCCCAGAGUUUCGCGGACCGGCUGGCCCAGAGGAAGACGACGAACCUCGCGGAAAGGAAUUCCAACGUGCGCAGGUCCUUCAACGGCACCGACAACCACAUCCGCUUUCUGCAGCAGCGCAUGCCGACGCUGGAGCACACCACCAAGUCGUUCCUGCGGAACUGGAGGAUCGAGUCCUACCUGAACGAUCACUCGGAGGCGGCGCCCGAGGCCAACGGGUCGGCGCUGGGCGACCGGUUCGAGGGCUACGAGGGCCCCGAGAACGUGAAAGCCAGCGCCCUGUACGCGCACUCCCGCCUCCGCUCCUCUUUUGUGUUUAAACCGACGCUACCCGAGCAGCAGGAAGUCAGCAGCUGCACGACUGACUCCUCGAACUCAACUGUCGUUGGUUCCCAGGGCAGUGACACACCGAAGGAGGUCCCCGACACCCCGACAGGGGCGCAGCAUCCGCCGGUCAAGCCCGCGCUGGAAUCCACCCCCAAGCUGGCGCCGCAGCCGGAGGCGCCGAAAAUGCACGCGUUGCCGGUUCCCGAAAGCCACCCAGCGGGCUCAGACCCAGCUGCAAACGGCCCGACGGAGCCGAACAGCUGUUUGUAUACAACCUUGUGCGUGAAUAAGCAGACAGAAGAUCUAAAGAGCCAACCAAAUGAGAAUCUGCUGAAAAGGCGAAGUUUCCCGUUCUUUGACCACUCAAGAGCCAAUUUUGAUCAUGGAAGUAGUAAGCACUACGUAUAUAGUACACUUACCAGAAAUCGAGUUAGACAACCAGAAAAACCCAAAGAGGAGUUGCUAAAAAGCUCGAAAAGCAUGCACAAUGUGACCCAGAGGGUGGAAGAGGAGGACGAGGAGGAGGUGAUGGAGAGAGACCCUCCCAGCGGCGCUAAUACCAAGUCAGUUUCCAUUGCUGCUUUGAAUGACGUGAACAAAGAGGAACCUAACAAAGAACUCACUUCCAGGAAAGAAGUGAAGGGCUCCCCGAGUUUUUUGAAAAAGGGGUCUCAGAAGUUAAGGUCACUGCUUAGCCUUGCCCCAGAAAAGAAAGAAAAUCUUUCCAAAAAUAAAGCCCCUGCCUUUUAUAGAAUGUGUAGUAGUUCCGACACUUUACUUUCUGAAGUUGAAGAAAAUCAAAAACAAAAAAAAUCAGAACCCAAAAUGGAUGUGUCUCCUAGAAGAAAGCGUUCCUCCUCAUCCAACUCUCCAGGCAGCAUCCACAAGAGUAAAGAAGAUGUAGCGGUUCGUUCGUCUCAGGGGAUGCAUUCUCCAUCCGAUCAAAGUAACAAGAUCAUACCUUCUGCAGGUCCAGUUGAAAAUAAGUUCUUGGAAAGAGCAGGAGAUGCCUCUGCCCCGAGAUUCAACACCGAGCAGAUCCAAUACCGAGAUUCGAAGGAGAUGAAAGCAGUUGUUGUGCCAGAAAGAAAACCAGCUGCUUCUCCAAGGCCAAAGCCCAAUGAUGAGCUUCUGAAAUCGCAUUCCAUGGACCGGCGCGUUUACAGUCGUUUUGAGCCAUUUUGUAAGAUUGAAAGCGCCAUUCAGCCCACAAGCAACAUGCCGAAGACUGGGACACCCCGCCCGGAGGUGAAACCCACAGCGGUGCCCAACAGCUACGGCAGGUCCAGCCCAAUGCUUAAUUACAACACUGGUGUUUACCACUCGUAUCAGCCGAAUGAAAACAAGUUUCGAGGACUAAUGCAGAAGUUUGGCAAUUUCAUACACAAAAAUAAAUGAAAUGCUGUCAUUACAAAUAGACUUCAAAGUACAAAGAAGAAUGUGGCUAUAAAUAUUUGUCCUAAGAACAUUCUGGAUUUUUGAACAUGCUAAUAAAUUUCUAUGGGGGCAGAACUUGGGGUAUGAUGUAUAUGUUUACCAACUUACUAAUGUACAGUAAAGUUAUUGUUACAUGUGAAAAAGUUAGUUGUGCUUAAUUGCACUAUAGAUGGAAUAUCUAUGAACACAUGAUUUUUAAGUGGUAAUGGUGAGAUAAAUAUAAUUCAGUUGUUUUCUUCAGACUGAAGAUCUUCUUACGUCUUAAAUGGAAACUAGAGGAGAGAUGGUGUGUGGGUUUUAACCGUUCAUUCCAAAGUCUAUCCUUUAAAAAAAAAAAGAAAAAGGAUCAUAACAUGAUUAGUGGCCCUUUAUAAUACGUCCUUAUGCAGUUUUCAGAUAUUCAAAUGAUGAGAAAAUAGGACAAAGCCUUUGUGGUUUUUAAUUAACUUUAAAUUCUAGAGGAUAAGUUGUUAUAUUUCAUUAGUGUUUUAUUAAUUUUUCUGUGGGGCAUAUACAGCUGGGUUUGGCAGCAACAGUACCAUUUAAACCAUACAGCUCAGCACAUUUUUUCUGUUACCUGAACUGUUUGCAAAGUAUCAGCCUCAGGGAGUACAAAUCCAUCAGAGAAAUUUAUUUGCAGGAUGUUCUUAUUACUCUGAACCAAAGGAGCCCGUACUCCAUUCACUCAUCAGCUGCUGAAUUUUUAUAGUCAAACUUGUAGCAAGCCAGCAGGAAUUUGGAAAUCCUGAAUUAUUCCUCUCCUUUUUCUAAUAUAAGGAAAAUUGUAGAAAUGCAUAAUUUUUUUUUAUCUUGAAUUAGUUUGACAGUGCUUAGGUGUUUGGCUUGCAAAAGUCUUUGCUCUUUUGUAUACUGCGCCAAAUACAGAUGGAUGCCUACUAUUUCCAUGAGAGUACCAUGAUGAAAAAUGAGACAUGGUACCUGGAAUGGUUCUUCCAUGACCUUGGGGCCUGGUUGAAAGUCUGAAACCUUUCUGUAUCUGAAUUUGAUGAUGAUAUUCAGUUCAUAACCUUUCUUAGAGUAAUGAAAUAAAAGCUCCAAAUCCAUGACAGAGACUUGAACUUGGCUUUGCUUCAUCGACAAAGAACACGAUUCAAGAAGCAAUGCAUCAUUUGAGAAGCAGAAACUGUUUCUACAACACUUUAAAUAUAUUAUUUAACUCCAAGUUGCUAUCUGGGGCAGUGUGUUGUUUAAAAAUUCAAGAUUUAGUCAAAUACUAAUAUUUAUGCCAUUAUUAACUAAUUAAAAUAAUGGCACUAAAAUACGUCAUUAAAAUAAUUUCCGUAGUAUUUUAAAACCAUGAUAAGUGACAGAAUAAAGUGACAGCAGGGAAAAGAAAACCUAACAUUCAUAGACCAGGUCCUGAGCCAGAAUCUAAACUCCCCACGACAAUAUUUUGUGGGUAUCACUGUCCUCAUUACUUACAGAUGGUGGUUGAGGUGAUAACUGAGCCAUUAAGACUCAGAGAGGUAAAACCUCAAGCCACAUAACCAAUAAAUGGUGGUGCUAAAGUGUCUGUAACUUUCUGUCACAUCAGAUUGCCUCCCAAAUGUGUUCAACCUGCUCACCCAAACUGUUGAGAAUUGAAUGUCCCGACUCAACAGCAACCCACCAAGAACGGUUUAGUCCAACUCCACCAAGCAACAGAGGACACACAGGACUUAAAAUAACCUUAGAGGGUGAGACUGCUUUCUGAAUGAAACCUAGGAAGCCACUUUUAACUGCUAGGCGGCCAUUUUGGUCCCCUUCCGGUUGACCUUAAAGGAGAGGAAGGGAAAAGGAACCGGAAGUGAACCUGCUUCUGUGCUGGAGACAGAUGUCUGCUAGGUUGGGAACUAAGCAGGAAAUGGAACUCAAUGUUAAAUACAUUAUGUCAUUAGGUACUCACGAUCACCCUGUGAAGUACCUCCUUUUUGUAAAUGAGAAAACUAAGCCUCAGAGAAGUUCCAUAACUUUCCAAGAGCUGGACAGCGCUUAAUUGGUAGAAUGGGGAUUUGAACAGGAAAGCUUGUAUUUUUAAUACCAUAUCAUACUAUACCUUGCUGGCUUCUACUCUACUAUGCUUGAGGAACUGCCUUUGAAAGGACUUGUCUCUCUCUUUUGCUCUCAAAUGUUUAUAAGAGUUGCAGAAAUAAUACAAGGAACCAUACAGCAAUAGCAUUUUGUAUGCACAAAUCCAGAAUAUAGCACUAAAUUUCACCAUAAAAGUAGAUUUUUAAACUCCCGUUUAACGUAGAGAAUUUCCAAGUACUACAGUGUUGAGUUUGCUUGUUUUGGAAAGCUGAAUAGAAUAGACUUGAAAUUUUGUAUCCUUCCUAAUAAUUUAAUACCAUAAAAAUAAAACAUUAAGAAAGAACAGUCAUUUUUCACAGGAAAGGUAGCCCAGCAUAUUUACAAAAUAUUUGAAUUUUUUUUUUUUUUUUUUUUUACAAAAUGGCCUUUGGAAUGUGUAUUUCCUUAUAAUCAAAUAAGGAAUUCAGCUGCAAUAAGAAAAAUGUUUCUGGUUGUUGGGAUGUUAAUUUUUAGAGUCAUCUGGAAAUUGUAUGAUCUUCAUAGAUUAGUAUCAGAUUAUUUAAAAAGCAUUAGAAUUGAGGUCUAGUGAGUGAAGGAGAUUUUUCAAUUUGCUCUUCGAGAAAUUCACUACUGUGAUUCUGGACCGUAAUCCUUUACCCGCUUAUCGAAGGCAGAACCCAGAGUUAAUCAAACCAGAAUGACUGUAGUAUUACCCACCUUUGUUAUUGUUAGAUGAGGCAUAUUUCAGAGCUAAGGGGAUAACGGGCCAAUUGUCAUUAGGCAGCUGUGAAAUUGUAAGUCCUGAAAUUUAGAGUAAUGCGAUGGAAUGACGUAAAGCUGAAAUACAUGAAGACUAGAGUUUUAAUCAUGUUUGAUUACAUGUAAAAGCCUACUGCCCUUUUGUACAGCAGCUGCCAUCAUUUCUGGAAACAUCAAUAGCUUUUAAGUAGUUCCUGAGCUCCUCCCAUCCCUGCUGGAGCCGGAAGGGCAUCCCCCUGUGAUGGGUAGCUUGGGCUUUUAACACAGCAAAUUUAUUCCCCUCUGAUGGUUUUCUUGGAUUAUUUUCCUUUUUCUUUCUUUUUUUUUUUUUU